GGUUCUAAUAACGGUUCAAGGUCAGAAUGAGUUUGUAAUUUAUAAUUUGUCCUUGUCCUGAUACGGUACGCCGAUAUCACUAUAGGAGAUAAACCGGACACUUAACUAGUAACUUUCUUUAGUGUGUUCAGCAGUGUUUAGUAACUUUAUUUAGUGUGUGGACCAUCAAACAGGAUGGGCGUAACAGUGGUAGAAAAUAAAAAUGAAGUUAUAGUGGCAUUGUCCAAGUUAAUAGAAGCAACUGCUACAGAAAGCAUUGAACGAAACGGGGUGUUUAACAUUGGAGUAUCAGGGGGUUCGCUUGUUUCCUUCUUAGCCACAGGUUUGACGAAGAUUUCAACCGAUUUUAGUAAGUGGAAGAUAUUUUUUUGCGAUGAACGACUAGUGCCUGUGGCUGAUCCCGACUCUACGUUUGGGGUCUACAAGAAGCAAUUAAUUGACACAGAAGCCGUAAGCCUUAAGGAGGACCAGUUUGUCACUGUUAAACAAGGCGUUUCUGCUGCCGAAGCCGCUGAAGAAUAUGCCGCAAAAAUCAAGAAAUACAUACCUCUAUCUCCUUUGCCCCGAUUUGAUCUACUGCUGCUGGGCAUGGGCCCCGACGGGCACACCUGCUCUCUGUUUCCUGGACAUGCUUUACUAAAUGAGACGGCCAAAUGGGUGGCUCCAAUCACGGAUUCUCCAAAACCGCCUCCUAGUCGAAUAACAUUAACUUUUCCCGUUAUAAACGCUGCUCGGGUAUGUGCGUUUGCAGUGUCUGGAAAGGAAAAGGCUGAAAUGAUUAAGCGCAUCCAUGUGGAUAAGGAGGAUUUGCCAGCAACCAGGGUUCAACCUACAUCUGGAAAUCUCCAGUGGAUUGUUGACAAGGAUGCGGGGGCCCUGUUGAAUUAGGGUUAAGUAGUCAGUUGCAUCUACUACUGUUUAAAUAAAAAAAUAUAAUUA